AUGUUGAAAACUUUCAUAACAAUCGCUUUCUUACUCACAAGCGUUCUUUGUAAAAAUAUUAUUUUAACUAAUGAUGAUGGUUUUACUGCAACAAAUAUUCGUAGCACGUUUAAAGCAUUAACAGAUGCAGGGCAUAAUGUGUUAUUAGUAGCACCAGUUUCCCAAAGAUCAGGUUGGUCUGGUAAGUUCGAUGUUCCAGCAACAAAGGAAUUGUUAACUGACGGAGAAUUUGGCUAUGUCCAAAAAGGACAACCAUCGUGGGGACACGAAGCUGACAACAUGAAUAUCUGGUACUUCAAUGGUACACCAGCUAGUUCUGUGUCGUUCGCAUUGAACUAUGUUAUUCCUCAGUUUUUUAAUUCAACAGAUGGUAAGGACAACAAAACUGUUAUCGACAAAGUUGAUUUAGUGGUUUCAGGUCCUAAUGAAGGAACCAAUUUAUCACCAGGUUACUUCACAAUUUCGGGUACUAUUGGAGCUGCUACAAGCUCUGUUUACAGAGGGAUUCCUGCUAUUGCAUUUUCCGGUUCUAAUUCUAAUAAUUCGUUUUUCAAAGAUUCCUUAAAUAAUGAUCCAUUAGAACCAUCCAAUAUUUAUGCUAAAAAAGUUGUUGAAUUCGUUGGUGAUCUUUUUGACAAGCAAGGCGAUAACUCAGUGUUGCCAUUAGGUACUGGUAUCAAUGUCAAUUUCCCAAAAGUUGGUUACGAAUCUGAUAACGAUGGAUGUACAAAUCCCAAAUGGAUUUUCUCUAGAUUAACUGGUGAAGAAGCAAGUGCACCAGACGUGUACUAUGACGAAGAAACAGACUCUAUCAAAUCUGUUACUGUUCCAUUGAAGGGAUUAAUUAAUUGUUUCAAUGGUGACUGUUCUUUGCCUUCUGAGAGCUAUAUUAUAGCUAAUACUACAUGCCAGACAUCGGUCAGUGUCUUCAGUAUAGAUUACGAUGCCAAUACUGAAUUAACUAACUCAGUAAAGACCUUGUUGCAACCUAUAUUAAGUUAA